CAUACAAAUAGUCCCUUGCCUCCCUCCUUUCUCCAUCUCCCCUGUUUCUACAGCUACACAGUUUCGUUGCUUUCUUUUGGAUUGUCUUCGUCUUCGUUCUCUGACAUCACCAUGGCUGAGCACCACCAUCAUCAUCACCAUCACCAUCACCACCAGAAUCAGGAAGAUGUACCAUCUCCUGCGCCGGCAGUCGACUACAGGAAGGAGGAGAAAGAGCACAAACACCAUGAGCGGCUCGGUGAGCUCGGAUCAGCAGCUGCUGGUGCUUUUGCUCUGCAUGAGAAGCAUCAGUCAGAGAAGGAUCCGGAGCAUGCCCGCAGGCACAAGAUAGAGGAGGAGCUUGCUGCUGCUGCUGCCAUCGGCGCCGGCGGCUACGCUUUCCACGAGCACCAUGAGAGGAAGGAGGAUAAAAGGGAGGCCGAGGAGGCAUCAGGAAAGAAGCACCACCAUUUCUUUUAGGUUACAAAGCUCUGCUGCUGCGGUUCUGUGU